UAAGUUUUCAGCGGGCGCUCACAUUAAUUGCAGUAAUAUUAUAAGUGAUGUUCAAGUGGGAUUAAUUUAAAUCAUUGAAGUGUGACAAUAAUUGCUGUGAAUUAAAGUGUUUGUGAACGAUAAUUGCUUGUGGAUGGGAUAACUUAAUGUCGUAAUUUAGUUGCAAGUGAAAAGAGCACUGGAAUGACGGAAAUAAAAGGCGACAUCCCGGAGAUAAUUCGACUUCAGCUGAGAAAACCGACGAGCUGGGGAUGGGAACUGUCGACGUUCAAACCGUCUCGUAGCGUCACUCUACCUACGAUUCAGCUUUACAAUUACAAGGGCCAGCUGUUGGUGGAAGCCAAAGAUAAUGGCGAGACGGAGAGAAGUUGGCGAAGUUCAACAAUGCCGAAUAAAGGAUCGGCCGCAAACGCCGAGAAGGAAUCAGGAGCUCUGGGAACAAGACACUUAAAGAGAUCCAGGAGCGACACGCUGGGCCACAACUCUAGUGCCGACAUUUCCAGAAAUAAGUUUGAGUCAAUAAAUCGAAAAGACAGGAACAGGCAACCGAAUAAUAAGAUUAAAAGCUUCGACGCGAGUUUGGACAAUUCAGCGACAAAGGCAACCGCAGAUAUCGCCAAGGAAAAUAGAGGCUCUGAAAGCAAAGCUACAAAAGUAAUUACGGAGAUUGAGCGCGGAACGGAAAACUCCCACAGUAGUUUGAAGAAGUCUAAGAGCGAUGCAUCCGAGCAAAAAGGAAAUCUUCUUCGGAAACCAAGCAUUUACAAAAGAAAUUCCUUUCAAACUUUCCAAGAAUUCUUGCAAAACUCAGAGGCGCGUCAUCAGCAACGGUCAAAAAGCGACGAAUUUCUUAGAAGAAAACUGAGGUCCAGCGAGGAAAGCGUAAAACGUGCCGAACUAGAUGGCUAUAUAAACUUCAUUAAACCCAACAUUCCACAUCACAAAUCCCAAGAUAAACCGAACAGAAACAAAAAACUGCUCACCACUGCGGAGACUGUUUUAGUAGACAAUAAUCCCUCCAGUAUAACGGUAAACGAUUAUAAACCCAAAAAGUACCGAACAAGAACAAGCAGCGCCGGAACAUUAAUAAUCAGCGAGGAAAGUUUUAACGACGCACAUCAUCGACGUCGGCGUCGCAAUGUUGCCGAUGCCGAUCAGGCCCUAAUGGAAAGAAAAAGCGUUGACGUUCAGAGCAGCGCAAGAAAAUCUGGUGCCGGCGUAGAUACGGAGGGUCUUAGGGAUGGGGUUCAAUUAAUAAACGGUUCUGCCAGUUCGAUCUCUGGAAAAUAUGCAUUUAAUCCACGUCCAACCGUUAGAGAAACUCCUACAGUAGGAAAUCUUAGCCCUGGAACUCAAGCAACUACUGCCGUUCUUGACCGGCGGCGACAUGAUUUUAAUAAUAGUGUCCAGAAAUAUAACGCUUUACAAGGAAUUUCUAAUGGCAAUAGUGCACGUAACACGCAAUAUGUCCGACAUGACAGUGAUCCAAUUAAUUCUAUCUCCAGAAGACAUGCAUUUAAUAGAAAUGUUGAUAUUGCCCACAGCCUCAGCUCUGGAACUAUAACAAAUAGUGACAACUGUUACUCUAAUUCAAAUAUAAAUGGGAAAACUAUUAACAGAACUUCCUCCAAAGGAAAAACUGAUCUUACAAAUAGUUUUUUGAAAAAUCCUGACACUAGUAGAAAGACCUUAGGAUUUACGAAAUAUGUACGACCAAUCAGUGAUCCUACAAGUUGGAUAUCAGGGAAAUAUGCAUUUAAUCCACGGCAGCAGAUUUCAGAAAUUAAUAACCGGCAGAAGCUUAGAAAUGGUUUAGAUAACUCAACACCUGCUGGUGUAAAUGCUACCGAUACCGUAAAGCAUGUCAGGCAGAUAAGCGACCCCACGAGUUCAAUAUCACGAAGAUAUUUAUCUAAUGGAAAUUGGAGUGUUACGAAAACCAGCAACGGAGUCACGCUAAGUAAUGGUUUUAACAACUCAACAAAUGUUGAUGUGCGUACUACAAGUUACCUAAGAUAUAUUAGCAACCCUAGAAGCUUGACACCACGAAGUUAUGUACCUAAUCGACAUUCAGUUAUUCCAGAAGUCGGCAAUAGAAAUUCUCUAAGGUGA